AUGACGGCAUCCAAAUACGCCGACCAUGAGUUCACAUGGCCAGAGAUCCAGCAUAUCAUCCGCACCAAUCAAUUAGAGGUGUUUGCACGGUCCAAGGCGCAAAUUGAAAAGUACCACUCGUUCAAAGACACGCUAAACUCCAAAGGAACAACGGUGUUCAAGCAUUUGGUGGUCAAUUCUUUGCACUGGUGUACUGCGGAGGAAGUGGCCGGAAUUCCCGACUCACAGGUGACCAUAGCUCAGAGUGGCGCCGGGCUCUUCCAGUGUGCUUCCGACUUAAAGAUCAUUCGGAACGAUUUCCCGUACUAUUUCGCAGACAACAUCACCCAUUUGUGUGUGUGGAGCAAACGGCCAAUUGAGUCGGACCCCGAGAGUGAUAUUGGUGAUAUUUCGGAGGAAACUCGUGCCGUGGUGGAGACGUAUAUUCGUGAUAAGUUUGUAGAUCAGUUGGGGAUUCCACGGGAACGAUUGGCAUGGUUUCGGAAUUGGGAGUCGUUACAGAGUGUAAAGGAGAUUAGCCAUAUCCAUGUUUUGAUCAAGGAUAUGAGUUCAGAACAGCUUGAACAGGCAUUAGCUUCACCAAUGUAG